ACAGUCUCAUUUGGUCAUUUAAAUGCAGCAGCUCUGGGAAAAGAUGGGCUCAUCUGAAUUUUUCUAUAAACUUCAAUUAACGGAGUAAAUGAAGAAGUAAGGGGGAAAAAAAGAACUUAUGAAAUCUAAGAGUAAAAUCCGCAAACCACUCUGCCCACUAAACUUUGAGGACUUUAAGAAAAUGUAAGAGCUAAGAAAUACAAAUUUACCAAAGAAAUGAAAAGAAAAAAAGUCUGAAUACCUGAUGCAUAUUGCAGCAUGCACAGCAGAAGAUGCAAGAGAGAGAUGUUUACUGCAUUAUGCUCUCUCUGUUCUUCCAUGACUUCUACAUAAAUGUCUGUAUCACUGCUCAGCAUCAGAGGGAGUGUGGAUUAAUAUUAAAGUGUCAUAUGCAGUUAUAGCUAAAUUAUUUGUCAGACAUGUGCCUCUUCCUGCCUGAAGGAGUCUGGCACAGCUUUGAAAAUCGGUGUGCAGAGCCUCUGCAGCGUGUGGCUGCUCCUUUCAACACGGUCUAUUUAUGUUCCAAAACGGCAAUAGUUUGAGCUAUUAUUUUGAAAAACCUGUUUGACAUGCCUCAGUGUAAAAGCUCACUUCCCUUCCUGUACUGUUUGGUCCCGAGAAGAUCCAGUUAUUUGGUUUUUAUCAUUACAAAGUUCUACAUUUUUGCCAGAUUUAUAUGAAUAACACAGACCUGGAGCUGCUUUUAAAAAUGUAGGCUGAAAAGAAAUUGCCACAAGAUGGCGCUGUUUGCUGCACCAACCAUUUGUGGUGUUGCGGCCUCACAACAUCUGUAUAACCCUAAUUUAUGAGAUAAUGACAUCUAUUUAGAUCCUUUGCAAAUUAAUUUUAUUCCAUCAGUUGCAUCAAUAGAAAUUUAAGCAGCAACAUGAAUUAAGCGCCAGACACAUAGAUUAGUGGUCCAGAUGGUCAAAGUUGAAUAAUUGGGCCCAAUAUUGGACUCACCGAGCGAUUCCACGAGUUAAUUAAAAGUUCACAGGUUUGCAAAACACUGAGACGUGACUAAUCCCUGCACGACUUUUAUACGCCAUCUUAACUUUAAGAUGUACAGGUAUAGCGUAAACUCGCAUAGACUCCUCAAAUUACUGCCUGCAAUUUCAGCGUGUCGUCAAAAUAUAAUAAAUGAGCACUAAACAGAACUUAGUGACGUUGGCUGAAACAACUAUAAGGUGUAAAAGAUAUGCAUCCCACAUGGUUAAACUGUACUUUUGCAACAAGUCGUGUUUUACAACUUUUUAAAGUCCAACAUUUGCAGUUUUCUGAAUGGAGUUUGAUUUAUAAAAUGAAAGCAGGAAUGACACAGAGGUCCUGUGAGUGCACCUCUGGGACUUCCCCGUGAUCUGUGAUUUCAGUAAUUUCUUGGGACGUCUCUUGUUUUUGUUGCACGCUCCAUUAACCAGAUACAAACACAUUUACAAAUGCAAACUGGGAGAUACUGAAUUAUGGCGGGCUCCUGCACCUUAUCAGAGCAAACAGACGCCCCAUGCAUACUCCGAUCCCCCCCAAGUCUGCCAGCCUGCUACUGUCUGGCUUAUCAGCGCUGCUGCUGAUGCUGCUGGAUGCUGUACGGUGCCGCAGCUCGGAUCCAGUUGAUUUCAGGAUGGAAACGUGAGGAUGGAAAUGCUAUUGGAACCCCGUAUUCUCGUAGUAUAGCCCAAAAGAACAUCAUUGUUCUCUUGUGAUGCUUAUUUGAUCCAUUUUCUUUACUCCAUAGAGAAACGCUCCCGCCGGUCGAAGACGCUCCUGGUAGGAUUUUAUUGAUACGCAUCUCUCCAGAUCAGGUGCGCCGGCGUCUCCUUAACUUACCUGGGAUGAUGAUGAUUUCUGCUCAUUUCUGACUGUGAGCGGGAGCGCACAGGGGAUUUCAAUUUCAAAGUUUGGGUCUUCUCUGGCUGUGGGUUUCUGAGAGAGGGGGGCAUGGCUGAUGCUGAUUGGAGAUGCACGCGCCUUGUUUAACCGACUUAAUUCUGGAUGGAUGCUGUCGCUGUGAUCGCGGCUCUUCUGGCAGAUGAGUGUGCAUCUGAAUUCUCACCGUGGGAACCUGUCGCGUUCACAGCUCGCUGUGCUGUGUGUUCCGCCGGGACUGUGGUCCUGUCUCGCGGAAAGUUUGUGACUGGGACGCGGCGGAGCAUGAAGGCAGCGCACCGUGGAUCUCUGUGAGCUCUGUGAAUUUCCUUCCGCACGUGGUUUCAACAUAGCGUGUCAUUUGCUAAUGGAUUUACAGUUCGAGGGUUAAUGAAGAAUGUGUUUCCGAAGUGGAUAUUCCUCCACGGGCUGGAGGGGAGAGCAGCGGACACUUCCUGGAACCACAGGUGUUCUAUACAAACAGUGACGCCAAAACCCAAAAUGCCGAGUUGCGGGUAGAGAGCUGACCUGCAUCUACCUCCCUGCAACCCCUCUCCUCGUCAUUUCCUCGCCCCCGUUUCCCUUCUUUCUUUUGGCACCCUUUUGUCAACGCUUUUACUCCCUUUUAUUAAUACUUAUUUUAUUUUAAUAUCUAAGUUGACCCUUUUUCAGCUCCAUCACUAUUCUCAAACCCGCUGCCCACCUCGUCUUAUUGUGAACCUCCACCCUAUUCUCCUCUCUUCCCUCCCCAGACCCACCACCUCCUCCUUUUCCUCCCCCCACAGCACACAUGCAGGCCAAGAAGAGGUACCUGCUCGUGUCUGUGGGGGCCGGUCUUCUCUUCCUCAUAUAUCUGUGGGGUCUGCAAAUUGGGGAGUUCCAACAGCAGCCGUACCAGUAUCAUCAGUUUCCCCAGUACCCCCUGUAUCAUCAGUACCACCAACAAGAAUACCAGUACUACCGCCAAAGUAAGGAAGUGUACUACCAGCCCCAGCCAUUGCCCCAGAGAAGUCCGUCCAGACCACCCAGACACUGGCCGGAGUCGACCAAGCAGCUGGAGCCGUAUUUGGAGGGGGGAGAGCAGGAGGAGGACACCCCUCAGCUCCAUCACCAGCACACCUCCCCUCGUGAACGACGGGCGAUCCGUGACAACAUCUACAAGAACAAGCGCUGCCGCAUGGAAACCUGCUUUGACUUUGCUCGCUGCCAGUCGGGAUUCAAGGUUUACAUCUACCCUCAGCAGAGAGGCAGCGAGAUCUCAGAGACCUACAAGAAGAUCUUGACCUCCAUUGAAGAGUCCCGGUUCCACACCACAGACCCUUUGAGGGCCUGUCUCUUUAUUCUAGCUGUGGACACAUUGGACAGGGACCAGCUCUCAGUGCAGUACGUCCAGAACAUUAGAUCGCGUAUCCAGAACCUGCCCACGUGGAACGAUGGCAGGAAUCACCUCAUAUUCAACCUUUACUCUGGGUCUUGGCCGGACUACACUGAGGAUUUGGGCUUUGAGGUGGGACAGGCCAUGCUGGCCAAGGCCAGUGCAGAUGUGGUCAACUUCCGAUCUAACUAUGAUAUUUCCAUCCCUCUAUUCUCAAAGGAUCAUCCACUAAAAGGAGGGGGCAUAGGUUAUCUGACACUUAACGAUGCACCACCUUCCAGGAAGUACCAGCUGGUUUUCAAAGGGAAAAGGUACUUAACUGGUAUAGGUUCGGAGACCAGGAAUGCUUUGUAUCACAUCCACAAUGGGGAAGAUAUUAUUCUGCUGACGACAUGUAAACAUGGCAAAGACUGGGAGAAACAUAAGGACUCGCGCUGUGACAGAGAUAAUGAAGACUACUCAAAGUUUGACUACCAGGAGCUACUUCAUAACUCUACCUUCUGCCUGGUGCCACGGGGCCGGCGUCUUGGAUCUUUUCGCUUCCUGGAGGCCUUGCAGGCUGCCUGUAUUCCAGUUAUUCUAAGUAAUGGCUGGGAGCUUCCCUUCUCUGAAGUAAUUGACUGGAGGAAAGCCGCCAUCAUUGGCGAUGAGAGGCUGCUGUUACAGGUUCCCUCCAUUACCCGGUCCGUGGGCCGUGACAGGAUCUUGGCUCUCCGCCAGCAAACUCAGUUCCUCUGGGACGCCUACUUUUCCUCCGUAGCCAAAAUAGUCUUAACAACUCUUGAGAUCAUCCAGGACCGCGUGGACUCCCUUAUAUCCAGAAACCGUUUGUUGUGGAAUUCCCUACCUGGUGGUCUGUAUGCACUCCCUCAGUACUCAACUGAUGCUGCCCAGUUUCCUUUUUACUAUGCUCUACUGGGUAAGAGCCCGUCGCAGCAGUUCACCGCUGUGAUCCAUAUGGUAACUCCUCUGCAGUCCCAGAUAUCCCCUGUGGUGAAGCUCAUCAUCGCUGUAGCCAAGUCCAAGUUCUGUGCACAGAUUGUGGUUUUAUGGAACUGCGACAAGCCUUUACCUCCUAGAAACAAGUGGCCCUCCACCAGUGUGCCUCUCACUGUCAUUGAAGGACAGACCAAGACGAUGAGCAGUCGUUUUUUCCCCCAUGACGCCAUCAUCACCGACGCCGUCCUCAGUCUGGAUGAAGACUCUGUUCUCUCAACCAAUGAGGUGGACUUCGCCUUCACUGUAUGGCAAAGUUUUCCCGAGCGUAUUGUUGGUUAUCCAGCAAGGAGCCACUACUGGGAUAGUUCCAGAUCACGCUGGGGCUACACUUCCAAGUGGACCAAUGAGUACUCCAUGGUCCUUACAGGAGCAGCUUUUUACCACAGAUACUAUCACUACUUGUUCACUCACUACAUACCGGCUAGCCUGCUGACAAUGGUGGACCGCAUCGCUAAUUGUGAAGACAUCCUGAUGAACUUCCUCGUUUCGGCCGUGACCAAGCAACCUCCAAUCAAAGUCACACAGAAGAAGCAGUACAAGGAAACCAUGAUGACCCAGGGCUCCAAGGUGUCAUCUCGUUGGGCUGACCCGGACCAUUUCGCCCAGCGACAGAGUUGCAUGAAUGCCUUUAGCCACUGGCUAGGUUUCAUGCCCUUAGUGCACUCCCAGAUGAGGUUGGACCCAGUGUUGUUCAGAGACCAGGUUUCCAUCCUGAGGAAGAAAUACAGGGACAUUGAGAGGUUGUGAACACACAAGGACAGACGCCAAAUCACAGUCGAGGCUGGAGAGCUGUGUUCUGUAUCUGUGUGUUCUUGGACUCCCUGUUCAAGAGGACAAUACACACACUGUCCUGAAUAACUGUUUAUGAGGCUAUAAAGGAAAAUUCACACAUGCACUGGACAUAAAAGUGAUAAAACACUGAGGUAUUUGCAAGACCAUUAAAUGCAAAUUUCUAUGGGAAAAAAAGCUUCUGUACAUGUGGCUGGUUACAGUGAGCAACUGUGCAUAGCUGCCAUCUAUGACAAUACACAUAAAUAUGAAUGCAUGUAGACACAUGCAACAAAGACUUGGACACAUUUCAAGCUGACCACGUGUACGUAUGUGUUGCAUGGUUUAAACAAGACAAGACUGUGUUUUAAAAAAAAAUCAUGUCUACAGUGGAAGUUGACAAACGGUUAAAGAGAUUUGAGUUAAAGGUUGUAUUCAUGAAGUCAAUAAUUAAAGAAAAGAGUUUGUGUGGACGAAAAGGAACAAGCUGUACUUUCUGGCCACAUGACAGCUAAUGGCCCCAAAACACCCAGAGACGAUGGCAGUGCACCUCUUGUAUAUUACUGUAGAUUUGCAGCAGCAUUUCCUGUCUGUAUGAAGCAAAUAAAAAAUAAAAUAAAGAGAUGUUAUGUUAUAAGGCGAGAGGAUUUGUCUCAACUCAGUUCAGUUCUUCCAUUCAUUUUAAGAAAAUUGCAUCUUUCUUUGACUACACAAUUGUACUCUCCUGACUGUUUU